CAUUUUUAAUUAUGAUAGUAAAUUUGGCGGGAAUUAACAAUGUAAAUAUUCAAUCUAUGGUAAACCAACGAAAUUGUCAGUACAGUAUUAUUUUCUUAAAAAAAAACCAUUAUGGCACCCGUGGUGACUAAAAAAGCACAAGAAAAGUUCACGAUUGAAAUAACGGUGGACAAAGAGAACGACGACGAACGCGACAGUCAAAGUGCAGACAUGGAAAAAGGCGAUGCGAAAUCGGACAGCAAAUCGCACGAGGAACACCAAUACUUGCAACACAUCGACCGCAUAAUCAAAAACGGAGUGAAACGCGAAGACCGCACGGGCGUCGGCACCUACAGCAUCUUCGGUGCCCAGAUGCGCUACUCCCUAAGGAACAAUGUGUUCCCGCUGCUGACAACGAAACGCGUGUUCUGGCGCGGCGUCGCCGAGGAACUGUUGUGGUUCAUCCGCGGCUCCACCAACGCGUUGGAACUGUCAAAGAAGAACGUGCACAUCUGGGACGCGAACAGCACCAGGGAAUUUCUCGAUUCGGUCGGUUUGAAGGACAGGGAGGAGGGCGACUUGGGCCCCAUUUACGGGUUCCAGUGGAGACAUUUCGGAGCUGAAUACAAGGGGAUGCAUGCCGACUAUACUAACAAAGGCAUAGACCAGUUGGCGCACGUGAUAAACACCAUUAAAAAUAAACCGACUGAUCGCAGGAUGAUAAUGUGCGCAUGGAACCCAAUAGACUUGCCGGAGAUGGCUUUGCCCCCCUGUCACUGUCUCGUGCAGUUCUUCGUCGCCAACGACGAAUUGUCGUGCAUGUUGUACCAGCGUUCCGCCGACAUGGGUUUGGGCGUGCCUUUCAACAUCGCAAGUUACGCCCUGCUUACUUACAUGAUUGCGCAUGUCACCGAUUUGAAGCCUGGGGAGUUCAUACACACGUUAGGAGACAGUCACGUUUACUUGAACCACGUGAACGCGUUGCAGGAACAGCUGAAACGGGAACCGAGACCGUUUCCCACCUUACACAUCAAAAGGAAGGUGGACAACAUUGAAGAUUUCACUUUGGAUGAUUUCGAAUUGCGUGAUUACAAUCCGCAUCCGAAAUUGUCUAUGCCUAUGGCUGUUUGAGAUUGUUUUAUUCUUAAAUUACUUUUAUGUUGCUUCUGAUUGUUUGAUUGUGUUUUUAGUAUUAUUUUGUAUGAUCCAAAUCUAAUCUUAUGUAUACAAUUAUUUUUUUAUUAAUAAACUAUUUAGUAUUUACUUUAA